AGAGGACCCGGCAGCAUGGCCCUGGUCCCUGCCCUGUGGCUGGGCCCUCUGCUCAUGGCUUCCCUUGGGGGGACCUCAGCUCCAGCCUCUCUCCUUAGGCGCCUCAGAGAGCACAUUCAGCGUUUUCAGGAGAGCUCUGCCCUGGGCCUGAGUCUGGAUCCGGGGGUGGCGGCCCUCCCUAGAGAGGGGUGGCUGGAGCAGCCCCUGGACCCCUUCAAUGCGUCUGACAGGAGGUCCUUCCUACAGCGGUACUGGAUAAACGACCAGCACUGGGCCAGCCGGGAUGGACCCGUUUUCCUGCAUCUGGGAGGCGAGGGCAGCUUUGAUCCUGGCUCAGUGAUGAGAGGGCAUCCUGCAGCCCUGGCCCCAGCCUUGGGGGCCCUGGUGAUAGGCCUGGAACACAGGUUUUAUGGCCUGAGCAUACCUGCUGGGGGCCUCACCAUGCCCCAACUCCGCUUCCUGUCCAGCCGCCAUGCGCUGGCCGACGUGGUCUCCGCCCGCCUCGCGCUCUCCCGCCGCCACAACGUCUCCUCUUCCAGCCCCUGGGUCUGCUUCGGAGGCUCCUAUGCCGGCUCCCUGGCCGCCUGGGCGCGGCUGAAGUUCCCGCAUCUCCUCUUCGCCGCGGUCGCCUCCUCGGCCCCGGUGCGGGCCGUGCUGGAUUUCUCCGCGUACAACAAGGUGGUGUCCAGGAGCCUCACGAACACUGCCAUCGGCGGGUCUCUGGAAUGCCGGGCGGCGGUGUCCACGGCCUUCGCGGAGGUGGAGCGACGGUUGCACGUGGGAGAUGAGGCCCGUAAAGCCCUGAAGGCUGAGCUGGGUGCCUGCUCGUCCCUGGGCCGCUCGGAGGACCGGGCGGAGCUGCUGGGGGCGCUGCAGGCGCUGGUGGGGGGCGCAGUGCAGUAUAACGGGCAGGCGGGGACGCCGCUGAGCGUGCGGCAGCUCUGCGGACUCCUGCUCGAGGGCAAGCCCUACCGCGGGCUGCGUCGGGCGGUGCAGGUUGUCAUGCACAGCCUGGGCCAGAGAUGUUUAAGCUUCUCCCAAGCAGAGACAUUGGCACAGCUGAAGGUCACAGAACCCCAAGUGUCCGGUGUGGGUGACCGGCAGUGGUUGUAUCAGACAUGUACUGAGUUCGGCUUCUAUGUCACCUGUGAAGACCCCACAUGUCCUUUCUCCAAACUCCCAGCACUGCCCUCCCAGCUGGAGCUGUGUGAGCAGGUGUUUGGGCUUUCAACCUCAUCCAUAGUCCAGGCUGUGGCUCAGACGAACUCCUACUAUGGUGGCCAGACCCCAGUGGCCACCCAGGUGCUGUUCGUGAAUGGGGAUUCGGACCCCUGGCAUGUGCUGAGUGUAACACAGGCUUUGGGACCCUCCGUGUCAGCCCUUCUCAUCCCCAAUGCCUCUCACUGCUUGGAUAUGGCACCUGAGCGGCCCUCAGACACCCCCAGCCUCCGCCUAGGGCGCCAGAGCAUCUUGCAGCAGCUGCAGACCUGGCUCAAGCUGGCAAAGAAGAGCUUGGUUAGGGGUGAGGUCUGAGCACCGCACCCUCGCCACUCCCUGCUGCCGACCUCAGACCACGACAUAUUGUUCACUGGACAGGAGAAAGCAGCUUGUUUAAGAAGAGGAAAUUCCCAAGAAUUGGCAUUCAGCAUCUGUUCCGAGUAUAACUGACUUGUGUAUGCAACUAUCCUCACUCCCAGCUAAAAUGGCUCUGUUACAGACAAGAAGUUCUGCAAAUAUAACUGGGUGUUUACUCUCAUUGUGGAUGUCAGUAUUUCAAUGGCAAAUGUCAGGGAAAUGUCACUGUUCAUGCUGGUGCCCUCCCCCCACUAAUCUAAGUCUGAUGCUCACAUUCUGCUCUGCCGCCAGGCGGGCGCCUUCUGCUCAUCCCUCUCUGGCCCCUGGGCCCUGCCCUACCUGCUUUUGCUCUGCUCAUUAAAAGGCAUUCUUAAGAAAUGGAAAGACAAGUGAAAGAGUGAGUGAAAACCUGCAUAAUACAUAUAUCUGACAAAGGACUUGGGUCUAGAUUAUUUAAGGAAAUCCCAGAAGCCAAUAAUAAAAAGAUGAGUGAAUGACAAAUGGGCAAAGCACUUGAAUAAGCACUUCAAUUUUAAAAAUACCUGCAUAAAAACAAAGAAAAAAUACACGUGUGGUCAAUAAGUACAUGAAAAAGAUGUCCAACCUGAUUAGUCAUUAGAGAAAUGUGAAUUAAAACCACAGUAUUACCUUACACCCAACUGAAUUACAAGCAAAUAAAACAAACCCCCUAAAAGUUCAAAAGAUGAGGAUGUCACCCUGCCUAGUUUUGGAGAAUUUUUAACUCGGGUUUUGAGUUACAUUUGAUUAUGAGUCAGAAUUUCCAUAUUUUUAUUUUAACAAAUAAUGCGAGGGGGGAAAAUGCACUGUGAAUGAAAACAUACCAAAAGAAAAAUCAUUCAAAAGUAUUAGUUUUGGGGACACCCAGGAAAUAAGUAUGUGACUCUGAUAUAUCUUGUAAAGCAAGCAUUCAGCAUGGUGUUUCGAUAGUGGAGUGGUUAUCACAUUCACCUGACACGCGGAAGGUCCCAGGUGGAAACAACUCUUGCUCAAGGUCUUUUGUAUUUGCAUCUCUCCUCUAAAUGCCUAAGCCUUUGAGGUUUCCAAAAAGUCCUCCUCAGAGGAGCACCGCUGAGAUCCAUGUCCUCAUGUUUUAAUGCUUAUUUAUGUUGUCAAUCUGGGAAUUUAUCCAGAGAAUUUCUAAGAAUCACAACUCCAACUCCACCAAAUUAUAUUUAAAAAUCAGAUCCUUCCCUCUUAGCAUUGCACUUUAGCGAUUUUUUGUCAUCUGGAUCCAAGACCUUUUAUGGUAUGUGGAUAGAUGGCAGAUGAUUGAUAGAUAAAUAAUGGAUAAGUAGAUGGACAAUAGAUAGUGGAUGAUAGAUAACAGAUGGAUAGAUCCUAGAGAGACAGUUGAUGAUGAAUAGGUUUGACAGAUAGGAGAUAAAGAAAAAAGGA